UCUUCGGGGCGUGCGAAGCCGGCAAACAUGGCGGCCCCCAGCAUCCUCACUCUGGCCUCCUUGGCCUUCUUUGCUCGCCACAGCUCCGCUGCUAGUCACAUCGAGGAUCAAGCAGAGCAGCUCUUCAGAAGCGGACAUACAAAUAACUGGGCCGUUUUGGUGUGCACCUCCCGGUUCUGGUUUAAUUACCGCCAUGUUGCAAAUACUCUUUCUGUUUAUAGAAGCGUCAAGAGGCUAGGGAUUCCAGACAGUCACAUCGUCCUGAUGCUUGCUGACGACAUGGCAUGCAACGCUCGGAACCCCAAGCCCGCCACCGUGUUCAGCCACAAGAACAUGGAGCUCAACGUGUACGGAGACGACGUGGAAGUAGACUACAGAAGCUAUGAGGUAACCGUGGAGAACUUUCUACGAGUAUUAACCGGGAGGGUUCCACCCAGCACCCCUCGUUCAAAGCGUCUUCUUUCCGAUGACAGAAGCAAUAUCCUCAUUUAUAUGACAGGUCAUGGAGGAAACGGUUUCUUGAAGUUCCAAGAUUCAGAAGAAAUCACCAACAUAGAGCUUGCAGAUGCUUUUGAACAGAUGUGGCAGAAGAGACGCUACAACGAGCUGCUGUUCAUUAUUGACACCUGCCAGGGCGCGUCCAUGUAUGAACGGUUUUACUCGCCGAACAUCAUGGCCUUGGCUAGCAGCCAGGUGGGAGAGGACUCGCUGUCGCAUCAGCCAGACCCUGCGAUCGGAGUCCAUCUUAUGGAUAGGUACACGUUUUAUGUCUUGGAAUUUCUGGAAGAGAUUAACCCAGCUAGCCAAACGAAUAUGAAUGACCUUUUUCAAGUAUGUCCCAAAAGUCUCUGUGUGUCUACCCCUGGACAUCGUACUGACCUCUUCCAGCGAGAUCCUAAAAAUGUCCUGAUAACUGAUUUCUUUGGAAGUGUGCGGAAGGUGGAAAUCACGACAGAGAAGAUCAGUUUGCAGUGGGAUUCACCAGCCGUGGACAGCAGUUGUAAAGAAGACGGGGCGGCUGAGGAGCUCCUGGAACCUCUCAAGUACGCCGAGCAGCUCCCGGUGGCUCAGAUCAUACACCAGAAACCAAAGCUGAAAGACUGGCACCCUCCCGGAGGCUUCAUCCUGGGGCUGUGGGCGCUCAUCAUCAUGGUCUUCUUCAAGACCUACGGAAUCAAGCACAUGAAAUUCAUUUUCUAACACAAGGAUGUGUGAAGAAGAAAGAACGGGAGACUGCAGUCUUGGGUCAAAACUUAGGUGUUUAUAUGGUUUUAAAUACGUUGCUUUUGUGUAUGUAAAUUUGGGAAGAAAAUUAGGAAAAAUUAAUUUUAAUGGACUUUCGAUUUUAUAACUUAAUAUUGUUAAUGUACUUGUUUAUUGGCCACAGAAUGUGUCUUUCAUUGUGUUUGUGUGGGAGUUAAAGAAAACAGAGGACAGUGACAUUGGAACCUACUGCUUAGUUCUUUCUACCCUUCUCUCAUUGUAAAAGUAAGGCUUGUGAAGGUUAAUUCUCACUAAAGGAAAUUCCGUUAA